AUGAUGAGUUUAAAGUCAUCAAUACGUUCAAUAAAGCCUAAAUUCUUUUUGGAAUUACGAAAAAGUUUUUCUAUUAGCACUAUUAGAACUUCACCAUAUGAUGAUACUAUUAAAAACAUGAAACUUACAAAAAACACUAGAGUUGUUUGUCAAGGUUUUACUGGAAAACAAGGAACGUUUCAUUCACAACAAGCAAUUGAUUAUGGAACUAAUGUAGUUGGCGGAGUAGCACCUAAAAAAGGUGGUCAAACACAUUUGGGAAGACCUGUAUUUAAUACCAUAGCCGAGGCAGUUAGUGAAGUUAAACCAGAUGCUUCUGUGAUUUAUGUACCCCCACCUUCAGCUGGAAAUGCUAUUAUAGAUGCCAUCAAGGCAGAAGUUCCUUUGGUGGUAGCAAUUACGGAAGGAAUUCCACAGCAAGAUAUGGUUCGAGUUGUUAAAGCUUUAAAAAACCAAAAUAAAACACGUCUUAUUGGUCCUAAUUGUCCUGGAAUCAUAGUGCCAGAUGCUUGUAAAAUUGGUAUUAUGCCCGGACAUAUCCACAAAAAAGGAGUUGUCGGAAUUGUUUCAAGAUCCGGUACGUUAACAUAUGAAGCAGUUAAUCAAACCACUCAGGCGAAUCUUGGACAAACUUUAUGUAUUGGAAUUGGUGGUGAUCCAUUUAAUGGAACAAAUUUUGUAGAUUGUUUAAAAUUGUUUUUAGAAGACGAAGAAACAAAAGGUAUUAUAUUGAUUGGAGAAAUUGGCGGUACUGCUGAAGAAGAAGCAGCAGAAUUUUUAAAACAACAUAAUUUGUCUCAAUCUCAACCAAAACCUGUAGUUUCUUUCAUUGCUGGUUUAACUGCACCGCCAGGACGUCGUAUGGGUCAUGCAGGAGCUAUAAUUGCUGGUGGUAAAGGCUCUGCAACUGAUAAAAUUAAAGCAUUGGAAAGUGCUGGUGUUAUUAUUUCAAAAAGUCCUGCUAAACUUGGAGUUCAUUUAAGAGAAAGAUUUUGCAAUCUUGAGUUUCAAUUGGGUAUUCUUAAAAAUAUUCCAUCCUUUGAAAUGGCCGUAGCUUCAAGGUUUGGAAGUAAAACAUUUUAUAUUUGUCCUUGGCUAAAUCAUUGCGAGGACCAAUUAGCGAUAAAAUCUCCAAGUUUUGAAAUGUUGGCAUUAAAAGAAUCCAUACCUUCAAAUUGCACUCUUUAUCAUCAACAAAAUCAAAUGUAUUCAUCAUAUAAUAGUAGAUUUAGUAAAAAGUUAGAAAAAAAAUUAUCGAUUUUGGAUCAAAAUAUUCAAAGAUUACAAGAAAAAAUAUCAACUUCUGAUAAACAAAAUAUUUCAAAGACGGAAUACAUUCCGUUUUCAAAUAUUGAUGACUCUGAAAGUAUAUAUCGAUCAAUUACUUCUUCAAAUAAAAUUUCAUUAUUGGGAAAAAGAAAUAACGAUGAAGAAAAUGAAAUUUUAUCGGAAUCCAUAACAAAACCAGAGUCAUCAUCUUCAUCAUUAAUAAUUACAAAAAGAAAUAAUCCAGAAGAUAUCAUCAAUCAAUCAUCCAUUGAUUUUGAUCAGAUUUUCAAUCUAAAAACAACCACAAAGAAAAAAUCUUUAAAAGAAGAAGAUGAAAAUUAUUUAGUAAACCAAGAUAAGACAAUAAUAAAGAACAGUGAUGCAAUGUUCAAAAAUCUAUAUGAUCCAGAGAUUAUAAAAAGACUGGAAAAGGUUAGAUAA